AUGGUAGAUUUUCCGUCGCCAUCGAAACCGGCUGCGCCGGUGGAUUCUGGCUCGGGCUCUAAGACCCAGAAUAAACAGAAGAAGAAAGCUCCACGUAAAAAUAGUUCGCAGGCGCGCGACGAUAAGAGGAACAUCACACUUAUAGUUCCUUCGCAGCGACAUUGGUCGUGGAAUAAUCUUCCCGACAUCUUGUACCAGUUUCGCCCGACCGAGCCAUUGAGCAGGAGUAGUGACCUCUUGCCAACGAAAUUAUCCCCAUACCCCAACGGGCCUCUAUUGAAGGAGUUAGAUAUAUUGCCAGAUCGAAUCGCCUCCUAUGUGGAGGAAUGGAAAGUUGAAGCAUGGAUGCGUUUAGAUCGGAGAAUUCAUCUGCAAGAUAUCCUCGACAGAAUGCAUCCAGAAUUCGUCGUGAAUUCCAAUGCUUUACAGCAACGCGGAGUGCGUUUCCGCCAAUUAUUUCAUCUAACCACCUGGGGGACUGGGAACAAAACGACGGAAGCGCAUAUCAAAAGUAUAGAGCAGAUGUUGCAAAAUCGUAACAUAAAUCUGGAAGACAAUACGACGAGGGGAUUGACUCCCGGCUUAAUCGACCCACAUGACCCCAGCAAAGGGAGGGUUGCUCUUCCGAAAGAAUAUGAAAAGAAAGCUAAGAGGUACGAGGAAAUGUACAUGAAAAAUGUUCCUUCCAACCCUCCGCGGCCCUCUACUAGCGCCAACCCAGGUCCGAGCGGGUUCCCUUGCAAUUCUCUCAGUCGCAGUUUUCCCUGCGAUAAUCAGCCUGCGGCCCCGGACAAUAGAUACAUAAAUAUUUACGAUAACCCUUUCGAUUUGGGCGGCAAGGUCAGUCGAGGCUUUCUUAGCAGCAGUCAGCUGUCACAAGGAUACAACACCUAUGAUAAUUUCGAUUAUGAUUUUGGACGUGGUAUUGGACAAGGCUUUCCGUCUCUUAUGAACUCUCGGAAUGAUGACGCGGAGUAUGGUGCGCUAAGAACUGACCGCUCUGUGGUUUUGAAUACUGCUGGCCAGGAAAACAAGACUGAUAACGAUUAUUUUGUCAACGAGUUACAUGAAACGAAUGGGAGCGGCAAUCGCCGAGUUAAUGAACGUCCUGUAGAGGAUGGCCGCAUGGAAAACAGAAGCAGUAAAACCAACGAUGAGGAAGACAACCGAAUAAAUACUGAUUCUUAUGUGAAUGGCGAGAACCUCAAACAAUCAAAAGGAAAAAGGAAAAGGGGAGAAACUCCGGAACGAAAUGCCAAAAAACAGAAAAUGGAAGCCGACAAACCUCAAGCGGCUGAGGAGUUCGAGGAAUUGCAAGAGCCAGAAGAACCGGGACAAGCAGGGGGCUCGCAAGAACGAGAGGACCCACGAGAACUAGGUGAGCCAGAGAAACUUGAUAUACCCGACAAUUCUGCAAACACUGCAUGGAGUGCGCUGGAAUGGAAACACACUGGUCUCAAUACGUUGAAUCCUCCCACCGAGAUGCCGCCACUCGUCCCAGACGAGGAGCCUUAUAUCCCUACCGGCACCAGCAGAUUAAUUCAAGAACAAAUGGACGUUCUCCAGCCGGUCGCAGGGGCCUUGGAACGGCUUUUUGGGAAUGCGGUGCAAAUAAAUUGGUCGGAAUGGCUGGAUCCUAGACAUGGCCCUCAGGUCGAGUAUAUCGAUCAAGAGGACGACGAAAUGUUGAAGCUCCUGCUCAACGAUGACGAAUACAAGUAUCUAAAGGAUCUCUUCAGCAGCUUCUGA